GCUUGAGCUCUUCUGCCGGCAAGGGAAGUGCUGCGUACCCUGAUUUCUCUUGCCUGACGGUUUGGGACCCUCGCUGGUGUGUGUUCCUGGAGGACAACCUUCAGGUGAGGCUGCCUCAGCCUGUAGGCUUGUGUGGGACAAAGCCCGGAGGGACUGGAGAGCAGGCCUCGGAGGGAGAAGGGACGAUGCGGAAAUGGAUGCAUGAAGAGGUUAAGUAACCUGUGCAAGACCACACGCUAGGAAGUGUCAGUCCAGAUAUAUAUUCAGUAUUUUUCAGGUUUCUACUGCUGAAUAUGAAACGAUCUGCAGCACCAAGUCAGUUGCAGGGGAAACCCUUUAAAAAACCAAAAUUUAUACCACCAGCAAGAAGUAAUUCAAGCCUGAAUGAAGAGUUUACAAAACUGAAUCCAGAUAUAAAAUUAUUUGAGGUUGCUGCAAAUAAGAAUACUUUUCUUCAGUCACAAACUGAUCCCAAAUUAUGCAGUUUAAGUAUUCUACCUGCUGAAGAAAGUGCUAGAGAAAUUAAUCACAGGGAUAAUUACAAGGGAAAAGAUUAUUUUGAAGCAUCUGCAAUGACUACAUUAGACCUACAUCAUACAGUGCAAACUUGGAUGAGGAAGCACAGGCUGGUGCCAGUUCACUACAGGUAAUGUUGG